AUGAUGCACAGCCGCGCGUUGUGGAGCACGCAACCCCUUGCAGCAGCAACGUUGGGGGAAAACGAGGCGUGGGGGCAGAGAAGAAGCGAGCCUGGGGCGUGUUUGCUGCUGGAAGCUUUGCCAUCAGGGACAAGGUUUCCAUCUGCUGUUGGCCUUCUGCGCGAGCGCUACUCUGCUGUGUCUCCUGUAUCGACCACCUUUUCGUCUGCUCGCUGCGCGCGUCUCGGUUGCUGCUUCUUCUCCACCCCCCUUGAGACAGUCAAGCAACCCCACCAAGCAACUGCGGCAGGCAGAAGUAUGAUGCGCAUGUCAGCAGCUCGACGCACUGCAUGA